UCUCACAAUGAUCCACAUGGCCUUCUGUUCGCUCCUCGCCUUCCUUCUCGUCAAGGUCUUCAAAGUGGUAGAACCCAUCGCUCUCUCUACCGAGUACCUCACCUCUGUGCUGCCCAUCGGCGCGCUCUAUUCUCUCAGUCUCUGGUUCUCCAACUCGGCUUACAUCUACCUCUCCGUCUCCUUCAUCCAGGGGUGCUUUUCACUCGAGAGUCCUUCCGCACUUCUGCCUUUGCCAACAUGGUAGCCAUCACAGUGGGGGUGGCGGUGGCGGCGUAUGGGGAGGCCAAUUUCAACGCCGCUGGAGUGCUGCUGCAGCUCGCCGCCGUGUGCUUUGAGGCUCUACGCCUUGUGCUCAUACAGAUCCUCCUGACAGCCAAGGGCGUCUCUCUCAAUCCCAUCACAUCCCUCUUCUACAUCUCGCCAGUCUGCCUCCUCUUCCUCUCCCUCCCCUGGCUGCUCGUCGAGUACCCGCGCCUCGCUCCCUCCCUCACCAUCCCCGCUCAACCUGCGCUCGUCCUUUUCCUCGCCAACUGCACGUGUGCGUUCUCUCUCAACCUUGCCGUCUUCCUGCUGAUUGGGAAGACGUCUGCCCUCACUAUGAAUGUAGCAGGAGUGGUUAAGGACUGGCUGCUGAUUGCGUUCUCAUGGUCGGUUAUCCGCGAUCGAGUCACGGCAAUCAACCUGAUUGGCUAUCUUCUGGCGUUUGUUGGGGUCUGCUGGGACGGCGAGUAUCCUCGUUAUUCGCCCUUUCACUCGUUGUUCGAAGCCAAAGGCAGUAUGCACGCCAUUGGGAAAUUCUUCAAAACUGUGUACGAGCUUUUUGACGAUGACGACGAGGACGAGGAUGACAAUAACGAGGGCGAGGGUGUUGACGGGGAAGGAGGAGGCUUCUGGGAUAGAUCAGGAAACGGGCGCGGGUUUUGGGGGAUGGGAGGAGGAGCGAGGGAGGAGGAGAUGGGGAGGAAAGGGGACAGGGAAAGGAAUAGAGGGGCGAGUGGGGGGAGGAAAGAAGAGACAAUGGGUAUGUAUGACAGGGCAAGGCGAAGGGGUGGUGGAAGGGGGGAGAGGCGUGGGGAUGGGGAGGGUCCGGAGGGGUGCUCAGCAGACGCGAUUGGGGAGCUUCAGACUGACAGCAACGGGCUGACGUGGCGGCCUCUGAUUCGGCUGGCUAAGCGCGGAGACGGAGGCGUGCAGAGCCUGACCUGGUACAUCACUUCACUUCACCAAGAUGCGGACGGUGACGUGGCAAACGACUUUUUUGUCGAGGUGCUUCCAGCAGGGCUUCAUGCCAGUGGGAAUGGCGCCAGUGGGAAUGGCGCCAGUGGGAAUGGCGCCAGUGGGAAUGGCGUUAGUGGGAUUUGCGGUGCUGAAUUCGCAUCCUUCCCUCCUAGUGCAUCACUCUGUAGAGCAACCCUAAAGCUGGUUCAGCCGGUGGUGGUGUUCACCGUUCAACGGUCACUAGAGGAGCAAGCCGCUGCUGCUAUUGUCGAAUCCCAGCCCGGGUUCCCGCCCCUCUCUCCGGAUCCAGAAGAGCGAGCCGAGCAAAUCCACGAGCAAACCGAAUCUGCCCGGAAAAAAAUCGAGGAGCUGCAAGCGACCAUAAAAUCUAUCGAACGGUCACGAGACGAGACGAAGGAACGUUUGAACCUGCUUCUCUCUCAGGCGCAAACUCUGGGGGGAGGGGAGGGGUCAUCUAAGGACGGUUCUUCAGGCAUCAGGGUUAUUGAAGGCACGGGAACGCCGGACCAACCAAGUGCAUUCAAGCCGGUUCGGGCCGGACCUGCCGGAAAGGUUCGGUUUCCCCGAACCAACCCGCCGGUGGUUCCGAGUUCAGAGGGGGUCGACCCUGCCUUGGAGUCUCUUUUGCUUAAAAUAGCUUCGGAAAAGGAGAUUCUAGCCACUGUUGCUGCAGCAGAAGUGCAGAAUUUUAUGGAGAUUUGGAUAAGGCAAGUGGUGAGAGUCGGCAUUACCAAUGCUCUCGUCCUCUGCCUGGAUCCGGCUACCGAAGCAGCUUGUAACGCAGCCUCAGCAAACCAGGUCGCCUGCUACCUCGUCCCGAACCUCCCUGCCGCGUUCUCACCCACGCAAGCCUCAGCGAACGAGAGCCCGAACCAGCGCGCAGCCUCGGUAAUCGACAGUCUAAACGGCGCCAAAUUCUACGUUCUACGAGAUGCUCUAGCCCUGGGAUACUCCAUCCUAGUCUCAGACCUCGACGUUACCAUUCUCCGUAACCCGUUCUCGUCAGGAGAGCUGGUUCGGGACUGUGACGUGGAAGCUAUGAGCGUCGGGCAUGAUCAAGCAUCCGCGUACGGUUACAACGACGUUACUGACGAUCCGUCUAUGGGCUGGGCCAGAUACGCCCACACAAUGCGAGUAUUCGCCAUGGACUCCGGCUUCUUCCUGGUUCGACCCACCGCUCCUGCUCUGGAGCUCUUUGAUCGGGUGGCGGCUCGGCUGGGGGCGGCGGCGAGAGGAGGGGGCGGGAUUUCGGGGCUGUUGAGCCCGCUGGUGGUGUUCAAUGAGGAGAUGUUCUACCCGUCACGGCCGGACUACAAGGGCGUGUUCAUCUCCCGGCGAGUGCUGGACAUCCAUCGGUUCAUCAACUCAAAGGUUCUCUUUGGGCAGCUCAAGCGGGACUAUGGCAGGCUGCAGUCUCUAGUAGGAUCAGCAGUGGCUGUUCACGUCAAUUACCAUGUCGAUAAGCUCACGCGCUUAUCAGCCAUCACCUCUUUCUUCAUGGAUCGGGAGCGAGCCGUGUUUGACGCCUUAUCCCUGGCCUCCUCCUGA